UGCAGAUUGACGACAAAAUAGAUACAAAUGCAUAGAAUUUCACAAACCUUAUAAUCGGACACUCUGAGGACACUUUGUAUGACUGAUAACCCGAAUAAACUUUGUUCUUUAUUCCUGUUGUUUGCUGGGUUUGUUGUGAAGACAGUACAGAGACGUCAGCGCGAUCAGAUCGACACCACAUGUUUUAAAUAAGGUGUGGGUUCAGGAACAAAACAGAAGACAGUACAAAACUUUUGCCAGGUUGUGUUGUGUUCAUAGUCUAUUCUUGUAAGAAUUGAACAUGAUGUGAAGGUCGCAAAUUGCUUAAUUAAAACAUUCACGUCAUGACUUCAGUUAACAGGAUCUAGCAGUUUGUACAGAAUUCAUGACUUAUUAUUAUUAUUAUAAUACUGCUAUAACUACUACUACUAAUACUGGGGUGUGGUUGGUAUUCCAGUUCAUCAUAAAGGUGUUUGGAGAAGACUCUGGAAUUGGUCAGGUGUCCAUGUACUUUUGGCCAUAAAGCAUGUACAAAAACUGAUCACGUUUGCAAUAUCUUAAUGUUCUUUUUAACACAGUGAGUGAGUGUAAAGAUGUUCCAGUCUUUUGAACAUUACUGUGGAGCAGCUUAAUCAUCAUCAUUGUCUUUCGGCUGCUCCCGUUAGGGGUCACCAUGGUGGAGCUGUUCAGCAUGUUUUGAUUUGGCAUAGGUUUUUACGCUGGAUGCCCUUCCUGAUGCAACCCUCCCCUAACUAUCUGGGCUUGGGACUGGCACGAAGCAUGCACUGGCUUGUGCAACCCCAGUGGCUGGGUAUUUUACCUAAUCUGCAUGUCUUUGAACUGUGGGAGGAAACUGGAGAACCCGGAGGAACCCCACACACACACAGGAAGAACAUGCAAAGAAAGGACCCAGUCAGCCGUGAGGUUCAAACCUGGAACCUUCUUGCUGUGAGGCAACAGUGCUGCUGUGGCACAGCUUAAUGUUUGAAUGAAAAUCCCAGUACCACCAUGCUGCCAAGACACUCAAUUUUAUCCUUUAUCGUUUUGGAUAAAACCGUCAGCUAAAUAACACCAUGUAUGUAAGUGCUGUUGUGGAAAAAAGUUGCACACGAGCAGCUGAUUUAAAGUGUGAAUUAUGGCUAAGGACAGUAUGCUGGGGCAAUCUGAAGUACAUAUACAGAUGUUUUCACAAAAUAUAUUGUUGUGAUCUGCAACAACAGCUUUGAUUUCAGAUAUGCUGUCCUAUUUACAGCUUGAAAAAUGGAUUCUGUUGGGUAUAAUUUGUUUACUUCAUGAACUCAUCUGUUUUCUAUGCACUUGUAUGUCUUUGAAACUAUUCACACCUUCUGUGCAUGUUACCAAUGCGUUAACAUAUUUUCAUUGGGUGGGGUGUGGACUUUUUAAAGGGAUUAUCCUUUUAUUGUUGAUGUUCCUUUCUGGUGAUCUUUGUUUAAUCUUCUUUGUUAAUCCAAUCCUUUAAAAUCACAUGGAUGCCUACGUAAAAACAUACCAGAAAAGUGACACAGGUUAGUAUGAGCUUGAUGUGUAAUGGUACUGUGAUUUAAAGAAAUCUGAAAUGGAUACACCAUUAAUGAAUGUAUUGUUAGACAAUAACUACUGACGUCACAAACUUAUCAUUAUUACUACUCACAAAGAUAGGCAACAUUUCUGCAUAGUGUUCUGGUAAACUAAUUAAAGAAGGCUAAAUUAAUUAGAGAAGGCUCAAAACGAUAAACAAACACAUUAAAAAUAAAUUCCAGCACUUUUCCUGACCACAAUGUAGAAUUAGAAGUAGACAGAUAAAGCGAGAUUGGUGGUGUGUCCCAGUAAGAGAGUUGUACACUAUUUCCAUGGUUUAACCUCCAGGCCGCCUGGUGGCGCUGUGACUAACCCGCGUUACAUUCUUUUUGAACAGUUCCAAAAGGGAGACUCAAUCCGCCAUAUGUGAUGUCGCAGAUUCGCCAUAAAUGCCUGCUAAAGUAAUUUUAAUACAAUAAAUUCUACUUAAAAUGUUGUUUAGAGCUAUAAACACAAAUAAGGAUCAUUUGUUGUUUUUUGGACUAUUGGUUUAAUUCCGAAGCAUGGACCCAGCGCGAGCAGAGGGAUCUUCAGUCUUCAUGUGUAAAAUAUGCCACCUGUUCUCUCCCAAUAAAUCACUGCUCCUGUCUCAUGUACUUGAGAAACACACUGAUGAAGGUGGAGAUACAGAGGACAUUAUUAUCCCACUCAAACCUUUACAAUCUCCAAAUCUACCAGAGGGCAUCAAACGAAAAAGAGGCAGACCAAAGGGAUCCACUAAGAAAGCUCAAGCAGAUGUCCAGAUGCCUAAUAAAUUGUCCAGUCAACCAAAGAAAGAGAUAUCCAAUGUGCUGUCAGAGCCUCCAGAUAAACCACAACAUUCUGAAGAUGCCACUGGUUUGGAGUGCAAGAAAUGCCAACGCAAAUUCCGCAACAAACGGCAAAUUUCCAAACACAUCUGUUUUGCAGAACUCGCAGAUGUUCCUGAUGAGGAUGACUUCCACAGUGAGAAUUUUGAUCCUAUUGAGACAGUAGAUGAAGAAGAUGAAGCUGUAGAAUGCUCACCAAAGAAGGCAAUAACAGUGAAGGCAGACAAGGUCUCUAGCAUAAAGGACCCUGAGUCUACAGGCUGCACCAAAAACCCCAUCGUCAGUGUGGUUCUUGCAGCACAUGAAGCCAUUCCUGGUGCCACAAAAAUAGUUCCCAUCGAAGCUGCUCCAGCUGAAGCGGUUAUGCAACCUGAUGGAACUGCAGGAGAAUCCACACAAAAGAAAGGUUACCAAGAAUAUGCCAUACAGCAAGCUGCUUAUGAAGUGCCUCUGAAAUCUAACAGGAUAGGGCAGACCCAGUUGAAAAUUUUCACCUGUGAAUACUGCAACAAGGUUUUCAAGUUCAAGCACUCCCUUCAGGCCCACUUGCGAAUUCACACCAAUGAGAAGCCAUUCAAAUGCAGCCAGUGUGACUACGCCAGCGCUAUCAAGGCCAAUCUCAGCGUUCAUAUGCGGAAGCACACCGGAGAAAAGUUCAGCUGUGAGCACUGCUCAUUUAACUGCCUGAGCAAGGGUCACCUUAAAGUGCAUGUGGAGAGGGUGCACCAGAAAAUUAAGCAGCACUGCCGCUUCUGCAAGAAGAAGUACUCCGACGUCAAGAACUUGCUUAAGCACAUCCGAGAGAGCCAUGAUAUGGAAGAUGGGAAAGUCAAGGACUCUUACGACGAGUACAGGCUCCAAACUAGAGAAGGCAAACGACAGUUGCUAUAUGACUGUCAUGUCUGUGAUCGUAAAUUCAAGUACGAGUUGGAGCGUGAUCGACAUCUGAUGGUCCACGGUAGCAACCGACCUUAUGGCUGUGAGUUGUGCGAUCAUGGGUCAACAAAGUUUCAGGCUCUUCAGGCUCAUGUUAGAAAGCAUCCCUUUGUGUAUGUGUGCUCAGUUUGCUUGCAGAAGUUUGUCAGUACCACGCGCCUCAAGUUGCACUUCAGGGAGUCCCACCCAGGAAUGGACGAAUCCACGACUUUUGCUGAUUCUAUCAAAAGCAGUUUCUGCCUGUUGAAACCUGGGGAUGACAUUCAGCGGGACAUGCUGAGACAAGAUGAGUUGGAGAUCAGCAAAGAGUUGUCCCUCCUCAAUGCACAAGAAGUGCUAGCCACUGAAAUGGACAGUUUAGAGGACCAAGAGGCUCAAGGUCCUGGCAGUUUAACUAUAGAGGAACUGGUACAUGAUCCCCAAGAGGAUAUCACUUCAACGGAGAUCAGCAGCUGCCCAGUUAUUGAUACUAAUGCAGCUGUGGAAGAUCAACUGCAUGGGAGAGUCUCUGAGGAGUUGCUAGGCAAAGAACAGCUGCAGGAUAAUUUGCCAAACAUGGACUGUAGUGUAAUAGAAUUUAAUAGUCCUGGUGAGGUGAAUACAAAUUUGUCCACACAAACUUCUACAUCUGAGAUACCGUACAUGUCACCUAAAGCGCAAAUGCUGUCAGAAGUCACAAUGGACAUGUCAGUUACUCAGAGCAAGACUGAGUCUAGUGUUCCUCAAAGAAGCCCUCCUCCUAGUGGUAUGAAGGACAUGGAAAUGACACAACUAGAAGAAAAAUCUGCUUUUGUGCAGAUUUUAGAACAAAUGCAGAAAAGGCAACUAAACAUGGAUGUUUUUGAGAGAAUACGGAAAGUCUACGGAGAUCUGGAGUGUAAGCUUUUCUGGUACCAGGUACACUACAACAUGCAUGUAAGAACACAUACACGAGAACAUCUGCAUUACUGUUCCCAGUGCAGCUACUCUUCCAUUACCAAAAACUGCCUGAAGCGUCAUGUAAUCCAGAGACACAGUAAUGUUCUCCUCAAGUGUCCUUCAGAAGGAUGCCAAUACUCUACCCCUGACAAGUACAAGCUGCAAGCCCAUCUUAAAACUCACUCAGAAAUUGUUAAGAAGAUCUUUGUUUGUCCCAUCUGUAAGAAGACAUUUCCAGAAGACAAACUCAGGCAUCAUAUUAAAUCUAACCAUCCAGAUACAUCACUAACAACCACUUUAGAGGCACUGGGAAUACGUGCCCAUGUAAAAGGUGCAAUAGGAAAACGAGCCUCUAAAUGUCCAUACUGUGAUUGCUAUUUCACAAGAAAUGGAACUGAUAUGCAGCAGCACAUCUGGGCUCAUGAAGGAGUAAAACCCUUUAAGUGCUCGUUGUGUGAUUACGCCUCACGCAGCAAAAGCAACCUGAAGGCUCAUUUCAACAGGCACAACACGGAGAAGAGCCACCUGUGUGAUCUGUGUGGGAAGAAGUUCAAGUCCAAGUGCACGCUAAAGAGCCACAAGCUCAUGCACUCAGCUGAUGGUAAGCAGUUCAAAUGCACGGAAUGUGAUUUCACUGCAGCACAGAAGCCACAGCUGCUCCGCCAUAUGGAACAGCACGUCUCCUUUAAGCCAUUCCAUUGUGCACACUGCCACUACUCAUGCAACAUCUCAGGUUCUCUUAAAAGACACUAUAACAAGAAGCAUCCUGGGGAGCAGUACAGCAAUGCAGGUCCUGGAACACCCACUUCAGAGACUGUGAUAGAGCAAGGGGGAGUGAAGUGUCCAGUCUGUAACUAUGUUUAUGGAACGAAAUGGGAAAUGAACCGACAUUUGAAGUGCAAGCAUGGACUCAAAGUUGUUGAGAAUCAGUGGGAGGUGGUAGAAUCAGCAGAGGAACCAAACGCACAGUAUCUUCAAAUUGCUGAGACGGAGGACGUGCAGGGAACAGAGGCUGCUGUUUCAGUACUGCAGAACCUUCGCUUUAACACCCACAACGGUGUUGUCUCAGCCACAGCUGCAGACAGACUGGAUCCAGCAUCAGUUAAUAUUCUUCAGCAGAUAAUCGAGCUUGGCACAGAGAACCCCGAUGCUGUGGCCUCCGUGGUUGCCAUGGCGCCUGGAACAGUCACCGUGGUGGAGCAGGUGACUGAGGAGGAGCAGCAGACAGACCAUGCCAUGAUGAUCCAUGAUGCACUACAGCAGGCCAGUGUAGGUUUGGGAGAAGAGCAUCACUUGGUGGUGUCUUCAGACGAUGUGGAAGGUAUCAAGACAGUCACGGUGUACACACAGGGUGAGGACGCGUCGCAGUUCAUUGUCUAUGUUCAGGAGGCUGUCCAAACUGAGGAGAGCACUACAGAGGUGACCUAAAAGACUUUUGAACAUUCAGAAAGCUAUACAAAUGGAAAGGCUUUCAAAGGUUUGGAAGGAUGUAGGAAAUGAAAUGAAGUGUGUCGAAUGUAAACUGAUAGCUAAUGCAUAAAAAAAAAAUAGAGGCAGUAGUUGCAAUGCAGUAUACAAAAAAUGGCAUAUGAUUUUUAUUUUUAUUUUUUCAGUGAAAUACAGAAUGAGUGUACUGAAAAUUUCAUUCACACUCAUUCUUUUGUAGCUUUUUAUAAUACAGUGAUUUUGAUGGGUUUCAGCAUUAUUGAACGGAUUUGUUUGCUACGUUAUCUGUACCUGAGGGAGUCACACAUUGUUUUUUACUGUUUUAUAACAGCUCAUCUCAAAAGUGCUUUAUUUCUUAACUAUUUAACAUUUUUGCCUUGAAUCUUAUACAAUACAGAUGUUGUGUCUGAAUUCAUCUUUUGAUAUUUGGGACUUGAAUAUUUCAGUUUAAAAUAUUCAAGCCAUAGAAACUUCUGCAGCUUCUGCAUGUGACUGAAAGUUUACAAGAAUCAUCCAGGAAAGAGCAAACAGACCAGGAUGUGAACAAACUCCUCAAUGUUGCCAAUUAACAGUUGUGAAAUAGGCAAGGUCAUUAAUCAAACUAUUUAGCAAUUUGUGUAUGUAACUAUGUAAAUACUGUAUCAUGAAAUUUUAACAAGUAAAUACUUGUGUCAAAUGCAUUUUUUUCUAUGUUAACACACAUAUUUUUGUCCCAUUAACAUGUUACAGUGGUCUUGUGCUUAAAGGGGCUGGCUCACCCUUCCCAGAAGUAUUUGCACUAAAAAGCGAAUCGCCAUUUUCAGUGCCAUCAAUAUUCCACAAUAAUGCGCAAACAGCUAUGUGGACAGCAAAGAAGGAAAGAAAAUAUCAGCAUAUUGUGUUCAAAACUCCCACGUAUAACACGUGGAUGAAGAAAAGGUUCGAGGUGGGGUUCAAAGAGCUCACUAACAUUUGAAUUUUUGAAGGUUUUGCUGCAAUGCUUACGAAAUAGCCUGUAUGUAAAAAAAUAAAAAAACGUAUUGGAUCCUGGGAAAAGUAAGCUUGCCCCCUUAAUGGCUGUUUCCAUUUUUGUUUUUGGUGAGAUACAUCUUACUGCCACCUAUUUGCAAUAAGUGGUGAAGCCUGACAGCUCACAAAUGACAGAGACUGAUGAAAUAGCGGAAAAUUAAUACUGAAAUGAAAAAUGAAUGUAAAUUCAUAUCAGAUGAAUGUAAUGUAAGUUUUCAUAUCUAAGGAUUUCUGAAAUGUCUGUCUACUUCUGGAGCUGUCAGUGAAGUACCACAAUAUCGGAGUAAUAUUUUACCUUGGCUAUUAUAUAGUUUUCAGUAUUAUAUUACUUAGUAAUAUAUUAUUGUAUAAUAACAGGUCAGGUGACCUAGUUAGAGUAAUAAAGUGGUGAAAGAUGAAAAAGCAUUUUGGUUGGUUAAAAGUG